CUUAUCAAUGUCGAAAGAUCUCUGGACUUCUUAUAAAAACCACAGAAGCUUGUUAAACCUUCAUUCAGUGUCAAAAUUACUUUUAACAAGUUUAAACUACCUUAGUUUGCCUAUUCUUUAAAGAAAUGGAAACAAUUUACAAUGAAGUUGAAAAGAUUUGGAGUACUCCAGGUCUUAACAUCGAACACCGAGGACUUGGUGAAGCAAUUCUAACAAAAUUAAAAACGGACAACCAAGACAGGAUUUUCGAAUUCUUUUAUGAUAAAGGAAUAACAUUAACAGUUGCUGAUGUUCGUCAACAAACAAUUAGAGUUGCACAAAACUUACAACGAAUCGGGCUUAAGAAAGGUGAUACAGUCGUGAUUUACUCAAUGUUGAACGAAAAGAUUACUCCAAUAGCUUUUGGUUGUUUUACUAUCGGAGCACCGGUGAAUUAUUUUGAGACAAAUUUUGAUGGAGAUGAUAUCAAUGAAUUUCUUGAGAAAAUUGAUCCAGUCCUCAUAGUCUUUGAAGAGGAAUAUCGAUCAAGGCUUUUUAAAGCAAUUGAAGACUCAAAACUUCCGAACUUGAAACAUAUCCUCAGUCUUGAUUCUGUUAGUUCCUCAGUGGAAAAAGUUCUAUUUCAAGAUUGUGGAAGCAUUGAUACCUUCGAAGUACCGAAAAUCGAAGACCCAGCAACACACCCAGCUCUUUUAUUGCUAACCUCAGGUACAACAAGAUUACCCAAGAUCAUGGCUCUUUCCCAUGCCGUAAUGAUGGAAGGCAUAUACUCGUGGUGGAAUAUUGAAGCUGGAAUGAAAAUUUUCUCAAUAAGUCCAGUUCGAUGGAUAAGUCAAGCGUCAAUAAUGCUGCAACCGGUAUUCUUUGAUUGUCAACGUUUCUACACGUCACAAAAUCCAUCUGGAAAAUUGGGCAGGGAUAUCAUUGAUACCUACAAGAUCACACAUUUUGUUACUGUUCCUGCAAAUUAUCCACCAAUUUUCAAAGCAGCUGAAAUGUCCGGAAAUCCUAAAAGUUUAAGUUCAUUGAAAAUAGCUGCAGUUGGUGGUGAAGUUGUAUCAGAAGCUUUUAUAGAUAUUAUGUCGAAAGCACUGCCAAAAUGCAGGCCAGUUAAAUGUUAUGGAAUGACGGAAUUUGGUGGUUUGGCAGCUACAGACGAAGAUAUAAGCAAAAAAGGUGUUAACGGAGGAGCUUUGAAGAGAGGUUUUAUGGCAAAAAUUGUAAAUGAGAAUCAAAAUUCUCUUGGACCCAACGAAAAAGGCCAGUUGUUUAUGAAGAGAAUUUCACUACCUUAUCUCAAGUACUGGAAAAAUGACAAAGCCAAUGAAGAAAACUUUGUAGAAGGAGGAUGGUUAAACACUGGUGAUUUUGCAUACAUGGACUCGGAUAAUCUCUUAAAUAUUGUCGCACGGAGUAAAGAUUUAGUGCGAUCAGGUGGAAAUAUUAUAGUUCCGGUCUCAAUAGAAACUGUGAUAGGAAGUCAUCCAAAUGUACAGCUUUGUGCUCUUAUUGGACAUCCCAAUCCCGUAGAUCUAACUGAUGAAAUAGGCAUUGUUUUCGUUUCUCUUCGAAGUGAAACAUCAGUCUCACACAAAAUUGAAGACGAUUUGAGGAACCUUCUUAUGUUGAAAUGUACAAAGGAAGAAGCACAAGUAGUUCGGCACAUAAAAGUGCUCUCAGAAAUGCCACUGACAACUUGUGGCAAGAUUAAUCGAAACGUUUUAGCUGAAAUGGCUUGA